CUGCACAGUGAUUGUAUGAAAAAUCUGAUAGAUCAUUUCACAAAAGACAAAAGAAAACAUGAAUGAUUCAGAUUUUUCAAAUGGAUUAGUUCGUUGUAGAAGAUCACUAAGCUCUCUCAAGUCCUAAAUUCAAUUUCUAAACCUGAAUUACAAAAUUUGCAGUCGAUUCAAUGAAUCUGAAACACGAUUGAGAUUGAUUGCGACGAAAUUGAGAUGAUAACAGAAACGAGAGACUUAAAUUUGGAUGACGAAAAUGGAGAAGACUUACAUCUACAGAGAAGAGGAGGAGUGGAGAGGAAAGGAUCGAUCAAAACGUGGAAGACAAUCCAAAAUACUUUGA